AACUUGACAAGUCUAUGUUGUAUGAAUCUAUGUUUAUAAUAGUCAAAGUAUAAUCAUUUAAUAAUUUGUGUGACUAUUUUUACUAAAAUCAUUAAGUAAUAAAUUAAUUUCACCAGUAAUAAGUCUACAUUUAAACCAGGAAACAUGGUACGGAAAUGUAUUGUCCUCAACUGUCAAUCAUCAAAGGGGAAUAAAAAUAAUAUUUCUCUUUUUCAUGUUCCAAAGGAUCCUCAACUUUUUGAUGCUUGGAAAUCAAAUCUUCCAAUGCUACGGAAACCUCUCAGUGUAUUAAGUUUGGUUUGUGAAAAACAUUUUCAUCCAAGUGAUGUUCUGUCACAAUAUACUCAAAAAUUACCUUCAGAAACGUGGAUAUAUCCUCGUAGUAAAAAAGGACUGAAACCUAAGGCUGUCCCUAUAUCUUCAGACGUCUGUUCAACUCCAGAUAAUACAAUAUUACAGGUUGAUAACGAGACAAGAAAAGCAAAUGAUGAAGUACCAAAUGAAUCUAAUAUUGAUGCACCAAUUGAUUCUUAUGUUCAUGCAUCCAUUGAUUCUGAUGUUAAUGUACCAGAUGAGCAUGAAUUUUAUGUACCAAUUCAAUGUAAUGUUCAUGAACAAAUUGACUCUGAUGUUCAUGUACCAGAUGAGCAUGAAUUUGAUGUACCAAUGCAAUGUUAUGUUCAUGAACAAAUUGACUCUGAUGUUCAUGCACCAACUAAAUCAUCAUUACAUACGAUACAUGCGUCAACUCAGACUGUAGACCAUGAAGACAUGGAAAUUCAAGAACUACCAACUGAACACUGUAAAGUGCCAUUUACUUUUGAUUCUCUACUCAAUAACCUGAAUAAUAUAAAAUAUCCUGGAAAUUGUGACUGGGCUCAUACUGUAGCCCCUGAUAAAAAAACAGUAAUUUUUGUAUCGGUUCCAACUGAUAAUAUAUUGCGUCGAGUGGAAAUAUAUGAUAAUUUAAAUUCUCGGGUUUUGAUGGAGUUUGUUCAUGUACAUCAAGAUUAUUUGCAGCAUAAUUUCAAAAAUAUGAGUCAAGUCGUUGAUUAUUUAACAACAAUUUAUAAUUGGAAACUCUGUGCCACUUUAAAAGAUACUGGAAGAUUCGUUUUUGAUACCGUUUGUGAAGGUAUUGUUUCUUGUUGUAUUAAACAAGGUAUUGGUCGACCACGUUUAAGGUGCAUGUCUUGUGUUAUAAAAUUAGAAUCCAAGAAGUAUCGAAAACCUCCACCAACUACUACAGUAAAAAAAGUCUUAAAAAAAAAGAUCUUGCAGCAGAAGGUGAUUUAAGCAAAAGGUAAAGUGCCAUUAAAUUAUUAUUAUUAUAUAAACAUGACCUAAGAUCUCAAAUUUUAAGCUUUUUCAUAAUUUUUCGUAUGCGAAUACACUUUGUCAUCGUUACAAUGAUAUUCAUUUAUCAUCAAAUAGAGAAAAGACUCAAAUGUAUACAAAAAUAGCAAAAUUAUAGUAGGUAUUAAUAUUUGCAACGAGCAAAAAAAUGUAAUGAUUCAUUCAAACUACAUAAAAAAAAAAAAUGUAAACAUCGGUAAUUAUAAUUUUUUAAUAAUUAUAUACUUAGAUUUUUCACAUUAUCGUGUAUUCAUGAGAGUGCCAAAAAUGUAAACAUGGGGCUGACGGAGCACAAGCGCCAUCACUGGCAAAAAAAGGUACUGACUUGCUCCAUUUCGUGAGCUUCACCAACAGCCUAUGCUUUAACAGCCUAUGCUUGUAGACCUCCAUGGGGUUAACUUAACACCAGACUUCAUCCCUGGGAUCCAUUCGUAAUAGGUGCUUUCUUUUGGGUAUUUUAUUCCUAUUUAUUUUUGCGCAUGCGUGGUUGAAUGCGCAGUCAGCAAAAAGUCAGUUUGCAAUAGCGUAGUACAUGAGUGGCUAGGGAGCGUUCGAUAGCUGCAGUCCGAUUCACAGGGCAAAUUUCUUAC